AUGUUCUACAACCUCACGGAUUACAUCUCCAAGGACCAAACGUAUGCCGCUUUUUGUGGUGGGUUCGGGGAUGUCUGGAAAUGUACCUUGCACAUUCCAAAUACGAAGAAAAUCAAAGUUGCAGUAAAAGCAUUGCGGGGGUGCAUGUCCGAUGCACCCGAUGUGGUGAAGAAAAAGAACACGAGGAUAGCGCAUGAACUCAAAAUAUGCGCCAACCUCAGUCAUCUAAACAUUCUGCCCGUUUAUGGUGUUACAGAUGGCUUCAGCCCACAUAUAGCGAUAGUGAGUCGUUGGGCGGAGAAUGGUAACCUGACGGCCUAUUUGGGUGUGAGUGGGGACCUGACUCUCGUUAGACGAUUUCAGAUGCUUAGAGAUAUCAUAGCUGGUCUGCGAUAUCUGCAUGCAAACAAAAUCAUCCAUGGGGACCUCACUGGGCCUAAUGUACUCAUUUAUGCUGAUGGCACCGCGUGUCUUGCCGACUUCGGUCUUUCCUUGAUGUAUUCCGAUGUUAUAAGCCCCUCUCAGGCUUCCUGGACGUCCACGUUCAAAGGGAACAUGCGGUGGAUGGCUCCUGAGCGGCUUUUAGGUAAUGUGGAUGGAUCUGUGGUGAAGCCAACCGAGCAGAGCGACGUCUUUUCAUUCGGCGGUAUCAUGUUGCAGGUCCUCACCAACGACGUUCCCUAUUAUUACAUCAAUGGUCCCGCUAUCCAGUCACUGAUAAUCCAGUCGAAAACGCCUUCCCGAUCUCAAUAUUCUCUCAAUGAAAAGUACUGGUCGCUUAUCGAGCCGUGUUGGUCUACUAGACCUUGGGACCGUCCCUCGCCAGCGGCAAUUGACGGCGCAAUCAGGAAUGAAUUAUUGGCUCUCCAUGCUACUACCAGAACGUAG